GUUUUUAGUCUUCUGGGGUCUAUUUGUUCCCUACGCCUUUGUUAUCUUACAAGCCAAGGCACAGGGUAUGGACGACGGCCUAGUCAUUUACUUACUUCCCAUCAUGCAUGCCGUAGGCUUAAUCGGGCGCGUCAUCCCAGGCCUCGUAGCCGACAAGAUAGGCCGCUACAACAUCAUGAUCAUCCUCGCCACCCUCACCGGCAUCGCGUGCCUGGCCCUUUGGAUCCCAAUCAAGAGCAAUGCCGGUAUCCUCGUCUUCACAGCGGCCUUUGGUUUCCUCUCGUCGGGGCUGACCUCCAUCGGUCCGACGCUGAUUGCGCAGAUUUCAGACAUUCGAGAGAUUGGCGCAAGAACCGGGACGGCUUUUGCGUUCCAGUCUUUUGGCGCGCUUACGGGGAGUCCUAUUGCGAGUGCGAUUGUUGAUGCACGGGGAGGGGAUUAUUUGGGUUUGCAGUUGUUCUGUGGGUUUUCAAUUCUUGCGUCGGCGGGUGUGUUUGCUUCGGCGCGAUAUGUUCAGACUGGUGGGUUUGAACUGAAGAAGGUUUGAUUGGAGUGAUCACGUAGUCAUUGUUUUGUAUAGGGCAAUUUUAGGUGGACGCCUGAGGUCAUUGAGUCAUAGACCAUGGGAGAGGCAGAUGUAUUGAUAGACCAGGAGCUUUUGCUACCUACUUAUUACACCCAAAGACUCUAAUUAGACCAGUCCAACGCCUGAUAACCGU